UUGUGUGAAUUUAAUAUCAAAAUAAAAAACAAUGUUGUUAAUUUCAGUGAUAGUCUUUUAGUAAUCCUAUUUAUAGUUGUCAUGUAGUUUGAUUCUUUUUAUAUUUCUUUUAUUUUUUAGCCGAGCAAUCAAGACAAACCAAGAUCUCCUUCCUGAAACACCAUGGAUGCAGUUAUUCUAUAAUGACUUUUGGGGCACUCUUCUGACUCACAGUGGGAGCCAUAAAUCCUACCGACCUCUCUGCACACUCUCUUUUCGCAUUAAUUAUGCUAUUGGAGGAAUGGAUCCUUGGAGUUACCAUCUCGUAAACGUCCUUCUACAUGCAGCAGUCACGGGUCUUUUCACUAAUUUUUCUCGAGUGCUAUUUGGUGAUGGACACUGGACCUUACUAGCCGGUUUGCUAUUUGCUUCUCAUCCCAUUCACACUGAAGCCGUGGCAGGCAUUGUGGGAAGGGCUGAUAUUGGAGCUUGCCUUUUCUUCCUGCUCUCCCUCGUCUGUUAUAUCAAACACUGCUGUACGAGAAACUGCUCAGAAGGAACCUGGGGCUGGAUCUUGGGUGCCGGUCUGUGCGCCACCUGCAGCAUGUUAUGGAAGGAGCAAGGAGUGACUGUGCUAGCAGUGUCAGCAGUUUACGAUGUGUUUGUAUUUCAUAGGCUAAAAAUGCACCAAAUUGUUCCCGCCGUCUAUAAGAGGAAGAAUUUGCCUCUUCUUUUGAGCAUUGGUUUGUUGAUCUUCUGGGGAGCUUUACUGCUGGGUCUUCGCUUCUACUGGAUGGGGAACAAACCUCCCAGCUUCUCCAACUCUGACAACCCAGCAGCUGACUCAGACAGUUUUUUAACGCGAAUUCUGACCUUUUUUUAUUUGCCAACCAAAAACCUUUGGCUACUGUUGUGCCCGGACACGCUUAGCUUUGAUUGGUCCAUGGAUGCCGUGCCUCUUCUCAAAACAAUCAGUGACUGGCGGAACCUAUACACAGUGGCCUUUUAUGCUGGACUCUUCCUCCUUACUUAUACCAGUUUGAGAAAUUCCAGCAUGGAAAGAGAAUGCAAUGGGAAAAAUAUAACAAAUGGCAGAUUUAAUGGCAAUGGUCAUAACUGCCUAUCUGAACUGGAAUAUAAAGAAUACAAAGAGUUGAAGUCCACUUUUGCAUCUAAAGAAGAAAAUGGCAUUAACAAAGGCUUGCCACAAAGACCACACAUCCCGUCAACUGAGAAUAUUGUGGUUCUGUCACUGUCUUUAUUAAUUGUUCCUUUUAUUCCUGCCACAAACUUGUUUUUUUAUGUAGGCUUUGUGAUAGCAGAGCGUGUGUUGUAUAUACCUAGUAUGGGCUUCUGCCUCUUGAUCACUGUGGGCACAAGAGCCCUCUAUGUCAAAGUACAAAAGCGUUUUCUGAAGAACUUGAUUUUUUUGGCCACUGCUGCAUUAAUUUUUUUUUAUGGACUGAAGACAUUUGUCAGGAAUGGGGACUGGCAGAAUGAAGAGAUGCUGUAUAAAUCAGGGAUUAAAGUAAAUCCAGCUAAAG